AUGUCGUCCAUGCGAAAUGCCGUGCAGCGGCGUGUGCAUCGCGAAAGAGCACAGCCCGCUGCCCGUGAGAAAUGGGGUCUCCUAGAAAAGCACAAGGACUACUCCCUUCGAGCCAAAGAUUAUAAUCUCAAAAAAGCACAGCUACAACGCCUGAGAGAGAAGGCGCGAGACCGUAACCCAGAUGAAUUUGCCUAUGGAAUGAUGUCAGAGCGCUCUAAAACACAUGGGAAACACGGAGCUAGGGAAUCAAAGUCCUUAAGCCAUGCGACAGUGAGCCUUUUAAAGACACAGGAUGCCGGGUAUUUGCGAGUAGUGGGAGAACGAGUUCGAAGACAGCUUGCACAAACCGAAGAAGAGGCCGAUCUACAGAAAGGAAUCCAAAAAGCAGAAACCCUAGGCGGGAAGAAAGUCAUUUUUGUCGAUUCAGUGGAGGAGCAACAGCAGGAGAAAGCACACAGGGAUGAGCAGGAAGAUGAUGAGGAAGAAGAAGAUGCCUCUAGGGAACUGACUGCUGAUGAAUUGAAGCAAAUGGCCAAGACAAUGUCCAAGAAACAACUUGAAGCCGAGAAGCGAGUGAGAAAAGAGCUUUUUGUUGCUCGGCGGUUGAAAGAGAAAGCUGUUGAGGCCCGGUUAAAGAAGCUUGAAACCCUCAAGCAGCAGCAUGCGGAUAUUUCUGCCGCAGAGGAGGAGUUGGCUCUGCAGAGGGCAAAGAUGGCCAGAUCUGUAGGGGGUGUGAACAAAAAUGGCGUCAAAUGGAAGGUUAGGGAGAGGAAGAAAUAA